GGUACCUUGGGUUAGUGCUUGAGUCGGCUAUGGCUUGCCCACCUAGUCAACGAGGGGUUCGUACCUGAUUAGCAAUCCAGUUCUACCUUUCACAUCAUAAACAUUGUUGCUUUGUCCUGUUGACAGGCUGUCAAACAACACAUCAAGAAAUAAUGAAGGUCACUCAGCUUUGGUACUAUCCUAUCAAAGGACUUCGAGGCAUUCAAGUCCAGUCGGCCAAACUAGGCCCACAAGGGCUUCAAUAUGACCGUCGUUUCAUGCUUUACAAGAUUGAGAAGUCGGGCGACUUCAGCAAGAUCCAAUUGUCCGGUCACCCAGAAUGCAGUCUUUUCGCACAAGAAGUCGUUGGCGACAAGAUCCGGGUCAAGUACCUGAUUCCAGAAGUACCACUUGUGCCGUGGAAACCAGAGCAGGACACUGUCCUUGAAGUCCCAAUUGAACCGGAUAUUAAUGAAUUGAGCAAGGCCGACGUCAGCCUACAUCAAAGUCGUGUUAUUGCAUACCGCAUGGGACCCAAAUAUGAUGCAUGGUUCACCGCUUGCUUUGGUUUCGACACAGCUCUCGUCUUCAUUGGCGAUGGUCGACGCCCUGUGCUGGGAACAUUCUCUCCCAAGGCUCAGGCUACUCCUCCGCCAUGGCCAAUGUUGCUUCUCAACCACCUUUUAGGGAAGAAAGCCACUGAGGAUGAUUGGAUUACCUUUACUGAUUGUGCGCCCUAUCUGUUCACCACAGAAGAAUCUCUCAGCAACGUCAAAGCCCGGCUAUCGACAUGCGACGUUGACAUGAAGGCUAUGCGACCCAACAUUGUUCUGGAUGGCGAAACCGCAUGGGAUGAGGACUUUUGGGCACAGCUGACCAUUAAUGGGGCUCAUCAAGUAGCUCUCACCAAGAUGUGCGGACGAUGCACUUCGCUCAACGUUGACUACUCCACUGGCCGUGCAGCAAAAGGGGAGCGUGGCACGGUACUCAAGAAGCUCAUGUCUGACCGAAGAGUCGAUACUGGAUCAAAGUAUUCUCCAGUUUUCGGCAGAUACGGGUUUCUCACCAGUAACCCUGGCGGCGAUACGAUCAUAUCCAUUGGUGACAGUGUGGAGGUGACCAAGAGAAGCGCUGAGCGUACUGUAUGGGAUUGGGCGUUGGCGGAUCCCAAAAUCGCAAAAUACUACCAGUCUUCCUCAGACACGAGGUCGAGCAUACCCAUAGUUCUCUCAUUCUGGCUGACGGCUGCGGCUCUGCUGGGCCUGCUACCGUGUUGGCUUUUACUUGCCUGAAUAAACAUACCUCUUUCUUCGAUCAAGGUGCCAGAAAGAGUGACAAGUGCAGCAAGGUUGCCUCAGCGAACCGCCCUCAAACUACCGGCCAAUGUCUUUGAAUAUGCACAAUCUUGCAAAGAAGGCAGCUCGUAAGAGCAGAUGUGACCCAAAGCAGCUUUGUGUCCGGCCGCAAACGCCCAGUGUCCGUCCGCCAUAUCUCGGUGCGGGAGGCCGGAGGGGUGGGGACUGGGGUCAGCCAUUUACCUCCGACGCCGAGACGGAGCGGUCUCUCUUCGGCAUGGCAGUGUCCGUAAAGGGCCGGAGGCGAGUAGUCACACGCAACUGACAACUUCUUGUCCGAGCAUCUGGAAACGUUCCAUCAACCCGUGCAUUCUAAUGAUUUGCCGAAGUAUGACAAGGUCGUCACACGAACUGGUCACACAAAAGCCCUAGCACAAUCUGAGGAGCAUGGCAGGCCCUGCCACCCCGAUCGUUAAGUGACAUGAAUGUGCAUGGUCGAAGAGCUCGUCAACUGAUGCUUGUGAGUUUUGAAACAAAGCAAGACAGGGCAAAAGAGUUCAGCCAGUCUUUAAGCGAACAACCAACGGACCAAUGAGCGAGGCGAAAGACUGAAUCAACAACAGUGAUACUAUCAUGUAUGCUCAGACAGCUCGCAAAGCACCUCAAAAGCUCCGGGUACGUUCCCCGAUGGGACCGUGUCGGCCUGGCGGGCGAGAUGUCGGAUCCGUUAAACAUGGGGGGGGGGUGUCGUGCCUCGUGAUAGUUGUUAAGGUUGUCGGCAUGACUCAAGAUAGUUCCGUAGAAACGAGCCUUGAUUGAAUACCAAAGUUUAUAUGGUGGUUGUGUAUCAUACACGUUAUUGAAACAUUUGCGAGGCUGUAAGCGUCUACAUCAGGCAUUGGUGUGUUUCGGUAAUUUGGAAAACCCCUGGUUCGCGUG